AUGCGGAUCAAGUGGCCAACAAUUCUAUUGAUUGCCUUAAUCACCCUCGUCUUUUUGCUUUUUAAUAUUUAUGGAGUUUUGGAGAUUUUGAGGUUUUUUAGGAGUCAGGAGCAAAAAAAGGUUUUAGGUGAGAAAUUUUGAAGCUUAAAAUUUACAGCCAAAAGUUGUAGAUCAAGGAAAAAAUCUAAAAAACUUCCUUCCAGAAUUCCAACACCGCAAUCGUCUUUCAACAACUUCUACAUCCGCACCAGAUCCACCUCCACCCGAACUUGUCACAUUCCCAAGUUCAACAUCGAGGUCUCAUCAUCAUCACAAACAUCACAAAACUAAUCAUAUCAGUAGGCAACAUGUUGUUCAGCAAACAACUCAGGAACCUGAACCGGUGACCGAAACUUCCACGAGUACUACAACUAGAAUACAUAUCACAACUCCUAGAUAUCAAGUGGCUACCGAGGUGGCGGUUCCAGUUAUUGAGCGAAUCAAGAUUCCAGCAUCGUCUAGUUAUCGGGAGCCGUAUCGUUAUCAUCAGGAGCAUAAGCAUAAUCGCACUCAUAUUGAGGUUCAUAGACAUGUAGAUUCUACCACAACAGUUGGAACUACAACCAGCACAACUGUUGGAACUACAACCAGCAGAUCUCAUCAUCAUCAUCAUCACCACCGUCACAAUCAUCAUAUGACAUCUAAUACCGAGGUGACUACUCGAAGAACUCCCACGCAGAGAUAUCCCUCUCUGGAACACACCCAAAGAGUUCCUACUCAGCGUCCAACUCCACCGAGAUACCCAACCCGGGAAUACCCGCCACCUUACCGAGCUGAAGUUCAACAUCGCCCACAUUCCCAACAUCCCACAAAUCAUCCACCUCGCCCAACCGAUGGAUAUUGGAGAUACCCGCAAGGAUCAAUUCGGGCUGGAUUAUCUCGCCAAGAUCCAACAACAACAUCCACUUUGCCAUCCACAACAAAUAGGAUUCUUGAUGAAAAUGACAUCGAGUACGAUCCAAUCAGUUUUGAAGUGGGGGGAGAUGAUCAAGAUGAAGAUCAGGAAGAGACAACUACUGAAAGAUCUACCACAACCACCGAAAAGAUCACAACCACAACAACAGAAUGGGCGGGUAGACGAAGACAGCCAGAGCCAACCACGACACCGGGAAAUGCAGCAGAGUGAGUUGUUGAGUCGGGGAAGAGGGGAUUCCACGUGGGGGGAAAUGCAUGGAAUUUUUAUACAAAAUUUCAAAAUUCGAUGAAAAUUGAAAAAAAAAAACUAGCUAAAACUAGAUUCUCUGAAAAAUUUUGCGAAUGGAAAUAAAUUUUUUUGAAAAAUUUUAAUUCAAGACUGAAAAAUAAAAAUGUGUUAUUUUAAAAAUUAUAAAUUACAAAAAAUCUUCAGAAAAAAAUCUUCAGAAAACCAAAAUUUCGAAAAAUCAAUAAAAUAAAUCUGCUAAAGUGCGGGAAGGUGGAGUGUUGUUAGUAGUACUCUAUUUUUGAUUAAUUUCUAUUUUUAAAUUAAAUUUAAAUAAAUUUAAAUGAGAAUUUUUGUUUUUUUUUAGUAGAAAGAAUUUUGUAUUUGGACUGUUCCAAGCCUUGAAAAUUUUGCCACGUGUAAACUUUAAUCUAGAUUAUAUUUUUCAAUUUCUGAAUUUUCUCCAGACGCAACGUCACAAUCGUAACCGGACUUCUCAACAUUGGCCGCGGAGAUUGGGACCAAUAUCGUCGCCCGCUCACCAAAUAUCAUGAAUUCAUGGAGAAUCUGCUUUCCCUCCAGAACAAUCUUGUCGUUUUCACAGAUGACUCGAGUUACGAUUUUGUCGAGAAAUAUCGCGCAAAACUCGGUUUGGCACACAUGACACGUGUUCAUAAGAUCUCAAUUCAAGAACUUCCACUCUACGGGUAUUAUAAUGAGGCUAAACGGAUUAUUGAUAAUGAACUCGGAAAUGCCACAUUCUAUGAGUGAGUUUUUUUUAUUUGAUCUUGUAGAAAGACAAAAAUCAUGUUUUUUCCGCAGACUUUUUGCUGACAGCGAUAUGAAAACUCAUCCAGAAGCCAAAAGUGCAGAAUACAACAUUGUCGUCAAUUCAAAAACUCACUUUUUGCAAAAUGUAACUCUCGAAAACCCCUUCCAAACUGAUCAUUUCAUUUGGCUUGAUGCUGGUUACGGUCAUGGAAAUCAAAGUGUAUUUCCGUAUAAUAAUAUUUGGCGGCCAAAGUUUGUAGAUGGCAAAGUUUCACUGAUCAAAUUGACACCGCAUUAUGAUAAGUUGACCAAUUAUGGAUUGCACAAUUUGUAUCGGAGGAAUUGGGCGGUGUUGAGUGGUGGAUUUAUUGCCGGGGAUAAACAGUGAGUAGAUUUGGGAAAAACGCAUCUCAAACUUCAAUAGCUCUAAAACUUAAAACCUAGUCAGCACACUGUGAUACCUAGAAAACCUGAUAGUCCACGUCUAGAGCACCAUUCUGACUAGGAGCCUUUUCUCGAGACUCAACAAGACCUCUACUUAUUUUUUCCAGCUCAAUCGAACAACUCCACUCCAUAAUCCACCGUCGCUUCAUCCGUCUAAUCUACCAAAACUACGUGGACGACGAUCAAACUCUUUUGGUUCUAGCUGUCAAUGCUCAUCCCCACCUUUUCAAUAUUGUCAACGGCGAUUGGUUUGAUGCGUUCAAACUUUUCAGCGUUGAUGCUGAAUCGCAACUUGGUUAG